AUGGUGGUAGUGUCGUCAUCGGAAAUGGAAGAUCCUCCAAUUUGGAUGGAAAUGCCCGACGAAGUGAUGGCAAAUAUACUUCAACGAUUGGGUACUAAAGAGAUACUCAACAAUGCAUGGAGAGUGUGCACAACUUGGCGGAGAAUUUGCAAAGAUCCGGCGAUGUGGAAAGUCAUUGAUGUUCAGAAAUCCGAUAAUGAUGUGGAAGAACAUCUCGAUCUCGAUAGGCUGACUAAGAAGCUAGGCAAUCGAUCUCAGCUGUGGGGAAUUGAUCGAUAUCAGUAUCUCAGGGUUUGGCACCGAUGA